GGGGUCGCCGGCGCCGGGCACAUGGCGUCCAUUUUGCUGAGGAGCCUGCGCGGCGCGGGGGCUCACCUGCCUCCCGCCGCCCGCGCCGCCGUCCCGCGGGGUGGCCUGGGGCUCGGCGCUUGUCUCAGCUGUCCCAGCAGAGUUGGCUCGGUGAGCCACGUGAAGCUCCGGCUUGGCUUCUGUCCUCUGUACUACCCCAUGUGCACGUCCUUCCACAGUGAUCCCUUCAGCCACUGGACUCUGCGGCCCGAGCGCACGCAGGCCUCGAGAGCACCAUGGACUCCCGUCUGGGCGGGCGCAGCCUCCCUGGGCCCAUGGGGCCUCCCUGUGCGUGGCUGGCAUACAUCCCACCCCCGCUGUGAUGACUCCGUCGUGGAGAAGUCCCUCAAGUCUUUGAAGGACAAGAACAAGAAGCUGGAGGAGGGCGGCCCCGUGUACAACCCCCCUGCGGAGGCGGCGGAGAAGAAGUCCCUCGGGCAGAGGGUGGUGGACGAGCUGAAGCACUACUACCAUGGCUUCCGCCUGCUCUGGAUCGACACCAAGAUCGCAGCGCGCAUGCUGUGGCGCAUCCUCAACGGCCACACCCUCACCCGCAGGGAGCGCAGGCAGUUUCUGCGGAUCUGCGCCGACCUCUUCCGCCUGGUCCCGUUCCUCGUCUUCGUGGUGGUCCCCUUCAUGGAGUUCCUGCUGCCUGUCGCGCUGAAGCUGUUCCCCAGCAUGCUGCCGUCCACGUUCGAGACCCAGUCUGUCAAGGUGAGGGGCGCAGGGGGCCACAGCCGCCGUGGGGCUGCCGACUGCACUCCAGGCGCUCGGAGCUUCCGGUGCUUUAUGUUGUCUCUGGAAUUUGGUCCCUCUGCUCUGCUCUCGUUACUGAAUGGAUUCUGGGACCUGCAGGAGAUCAGGAAGGAGCUGUCGAAGACGGGCGAGGGGCAGCUGGUGGAGGAGUCGGCGGCCAGCAGGCGGCUGAGCCAGCGGGUGCGGCAGAUGAUCGGGCAGAUGGACGGCCUGAUCGCGCAGCUGGAGGCGCACCCACAGGCGGCGGCGCAGGGCCAGGCCGAGGGCGCGCCCGCAGGGGAGCACGUCAUCAGUGUUGCUGAGCUCAUCAGUGCCAUGAAGCAGAUCAAGCACAUUCCGGAAAACAAGCUCCUCAGCCUAGCCUCGGCGCUGGACGAGAACAAGGAUGGCAAGGUCAACAUCGAUGACCUCGUCAAGGUGGUUGAGCUGAUCGACAAGGAGGACACGCACGUCUCCACCAGUCAUGUGGCCGAGAUCGUGGCAACGCUGGAGAAGGAGGAGAAGGUGGAGAAGGAGAAGGAGAAGGCCAAGGAGAGGGCCGAGAAGGAGGCUGUGGAGGUGCAGAACUAGCCGCCCAUCCGCCCGCCGGCCCGGACUGAGAGAGUGAGUGCCUGGGGCCCGUUCCCAGUGGCAGCGCUCAAUAUAGUUUCUGGAAUAAACCCAAAACUUCCAUGUUACAAGUAUAUUUUAAUUUCCCAUCAUUCCAUGAAGAUUCAGUCCGUCUGGAAUCCCUGCACCCCUUCCAGGGGUUCGUGUCUUUGGAUCCACGCUGUGCGAGACGCUGCGUGACCCCAUCCCUAGCAGCUGAGCAGGGGCCGGAGGCCAGGGGCUUGUGGCACACACAGACCUGGGUCAGGUGCAGCCCGGCCCACACCUGGCGCCCCCAUGGCCUGCGUGGCUGCCCGUGCUCACCUAUGGACCUCGGCGCCCAGGUGUAAAUGUCGAUACGGUCUGUUUAUCCACCUUUCCCUGGUCAGAUCCGUGUGACUGUUGAGGAAUACGUCUGCUCGUCUCUUCUGCGGCUGUGUGUCGGUGCUCUCCGGACGCCUGAUGCUCGCCUGGCCCUCUGACCUCCUCCCUAGCCUGUGGUUUCACCCAUUAACUGCCUGCGCGGCUCACGGCAGCCCCCGUGACACUGCAGUCCAAGGCUAACGAAGCCCUUGGGAGUCAGGCAUCUCAGGUGUAGCUUAUCGUGCUGAGAUUUUAGAAAUUGUCCCAGCUCGGACUGCUGGAUUUUAUUUUGCCUGAGUGAUCAGAGCAGUGGGCCCCCAACCUGGGAGUGCAUCAGCCACUUGUCACAGUGGACACACUCCUGUGGCCAUGUCCUGGUUGCCGUAUCCUGGGCACGUCUCUGCAGCAGCAGCGAUCCUGUUUCCCCAGCACAGCUCGCAUGUUGCACCUGAAGCUCACUUCAGGUUUCCUGUGUACAUCCAAGGCAGCCCCCUCAGGGGAGGUGGGGUGGGUGGCGACCCCGCGACAUUGCUUCCCUGGGGGCCAUGGCUCAGUCCCCAGCCCCUGUGGAACGAGCAGUGGUGGCCACGCUCCUGGUUCCUGGGAGGCACAGACGUUACUGUCACGCAGGGUAGCUGCCCUGAGAGCAGCCAGGCCCCUCCUGGAGCGGAAGGCCCCCGGCGUGGCCUGCGCAGCCAGCACGCUGGGUUUCGGGGGCUCCAGUGCCAAGCAGGGUCGGAGGCCAGCUGCAGGCCUUGGAGGACAGUGGCCACGUGGUCCAGGAGCAGGGCCGGGCCAGGGUGCUGUCCCUGGGGCUCACAGCUGUUCCUGCAGCCAAGUGCCAGGCUCGGGGCCUUGGGGAGAGUUGGGUCCUGCCACCAGGGGCCCACAGGGGCCAGACAUGGGAGUCUGCAGGCACGGCGGGGGGCAGGCCUGGGGCAGCCGCAGCAGCUCAUCAGCAACGUGAAACUUGCUUGUACUUGGCCGUUAAGAGAGAAGCUUCACAGCAUAGGAAUAAGAUGAUGAAUUCUCCAGUGUAAACCUUUGUAAGGCAGUGGUGAGGUCCCAAAGGUUUUUUAAAUUUCAGUUACUGAGGAAAAAAUAUGUUUUGGAUGCUUAAUAUUUAUAAAUCACCUUAAACUUG